AUGGUACGGCGGGAGUUGGAGCAGGCGUGGCGGCAUCACAUGGCUCGCUCCAUAGACGCGACAGCAGCAGCGGACUUCGCUCAGGAGAGCACAGUGCGUCUCUUUGACGCGCCCACCAGCAUUGCCAUGCGACUGCGCCACUGGGCCCACCACACCAUGGCCCCGCAGGUCCUCUCCCUCGCCCUGCACGUCCUGCACCCCCUCGCCUCCUCCUCCUCCUGCCUCCCAAGCUCGCUUGCCGCCUUGCCUAGUCCUGCUCCUGCUCCUGCUGCGGCUGCGGCUUUGCUCUCUGCUGCAGCUGGUGCGGCUGGUGAGUCUGCUGCUGGUAAUGCCGACGCUGCUGCUGCUCCGGCUGCUGCUGCUGCUGCCGCUGCUGCGCCGUUUCCAUGGUUGAGCAAAGGGCAAGCCACGGGUGCUGCUGGUCCCUGUGGCCUUGCACUUGCUUCUCACCCACCCACUGCUGUACUUGUUCCCCCUACUGCUCUGGACCUUGGAUCAGCACCAGCAGCAGCAGCAGAUAGCCCUGGAAAGCACCAGCUCCCGUUCUUUCCAGGCCUUACGAAUGAUACAGCCCCUGCUUUGGCCGCGCCUUCGCCCUCUGCUGCUGCUUCUGCUGCCGCUGCUGCUGCUGCGACAGGCAUGCGUGUGGGACGAGUGGUAACAGGGGAGGACACGAAGGCGAGGAAAGGGGGCUUGGAGGUGGCGAAAGCAGCAGCGGCAGUGAGAGAAGUGGCGCUAGGGCUGCUGGUACUGUCCAAGGAUAUACUAAACCCCACCCUCACCAUCCCCUGCAGACCCAUUCCCUCUGUGCGCAAGCUCCCACCUCCCCCAGUCCUGCCUGGCCGCCACCCCACCUCUGACGCCAUAACAAUCAACUACACCACUCCACCCUCCGCUGGCUUAACCUGUCCCACACCCACUGGGCUAGCCACUAGCACAACAAACCAUAACCCAACUGCCAGUUCAAGCAAUGCAGCAGCGGCAGCCUCGGCAGCGGGAGGGUCUGCCUCAGGAGAAGCACCAGGCGCAGGGUCAGGGUCAGCAGCAGCGGCGGCUCGGAUCGACAGCGCUGCUUGUUCCGUCCGCGCCACUGCCGCCGCCACCGCCGCGGCCGCCGCUGCCGCUGCCGCUGCUGCCCGUGCCUCCCAAGGCCUGCCCCCGAGCCGUCUCCCUGACUCCGGCCCGCCGCUCCUCCACCGGAAACUAAAGCAAGUUCCUCUGCAGGCGCGACCAGGACCGGAGAUCAUAUGGGUGACUGAUUUAACCGGCGGGCCGGGAGGCGAGCGGGAUGUGAAGUCUCCGUAUUCGUGGCUGGAGUUCACGCGGAGUCCUGCGAGAGCAAGGGCGAUACGAGUGGGGCAGUGGGCGGAUAUAUUUCUGAACCACUACGAGCAUGUGUGCAAGCAUGCCACGAAUGUUGUAGAGCAGAUCUGCCCCCCCAUGUUCUUCAUUUCCAAGGACCCCUUCUCCCCUGCUGCUCUCCGCACAUACGACCUCCUCUCAGCCUCCUCCUCCUCUUCCUCCUCCUCCUCCACCGCCCCUGCUCCCUUCCCUCGCACACCCCACCCGGGAGCCCCCGCAACAGCGCCCACCUCCACCAACACCACAGCCCGCCCUGCUUCCACUCCCACUCCCACUCCCACUGCCACUUCUAGCCACCGCACCGCACCAUCCCCAUCCCCAUCCCCACCAGCAUCACCACCACCAUCACCAUCACCAGCGGAGCCAUUCCUAUACUCAUUCCUGGUGGUGGAGCGGCGGCACAUGCUAGAGGUGCCUCCAGAGGUGGCAGCACGCCUGCCGUGGCACAUGUGGCCCGUCGUUGUGCCCGACCACUCGCACCCUGCAGAGCUCUGCGAGGCUGCCAAGCUUGUUGCCGAGUCCAUGCUGGGCAUGGGGCCCAAGUCGUACGCGCUCAUCCCUUCACACACUCGCUUCUACGACCACCGCGCGUUGCAGCACCACAUGGGGGCGCGCGAGUUCAAGACAGGCCUGGUUGCGCUGGCCAUGGAGGAUGCGCAUGGGACCGUGGAGGGACGCAUGGCGUUCCACAGGUUUAAUGUGGGGUAUGAUGCGGCUCUUGGGUCGAUCGCAGGAGGGGGGAGAGGAGGAGGAGGAGGUGCGGGUGGGGGUGUGGGUGCGGGUGCGGGUGGUGGUGUGUCGGCGGCAGCGCUGCAGAUGAAGAUAGAGGAGCUCUUUGACCCUCUCCUGCCUACUGUGAAGGAGCGGCUAGAGGAGCUCCUGGAAGACGUGCAUGCAGUAGCCGCCGUCUCUCUAUCCCACGGCGCAUACGCGCGCCAACGCCACCUCCUGCUGCGCCUGCACGCAGCCAACUAUGAGGCGGGCGGGCCGCCCUCCUCGCUCAUCACUCUCAACGACAUUGAAUCCCAGCGCCCCUUCUCUUACUGCGGGCCUAGUAGGGUCCUAGACGAGGUGCUGGUCCCGCACGCGUGCUCCGAGGAGGAGUUUUUGCAGCAGUGGAGAGCGGUGCAGAAGAUUUUCUUUCUGCAGUUGUUGGAGUGCGGCAGGAGGGUGCUGUGGACGCCGCAGUUCCAUGCCGUGGAUGUCCCGCCGGGGUCCGUGCGACCUAGUAAAGGGGCUCGAUAA